ACCAGGCAGUUCCUUUCUAUCUGCUGCUAGUGCCUUCACCCUUAUUUACUGUUAAUAGAACUAAUGCUUGUACUGAAUUAUGGGGGCCUAGCUAGUGGUUGACAAGUUUAUUGUAUGUUUGCAUUAUGUAGAAAAAGAUGCUGAACAAGAUUUAAUGGUUAUCUGAAUUUUGCUGUUUUGAAGAUCUGUGUUGAAAACCGGAAUGCACAAGCUCUUCGUCAGAAAACCCUUUACGAUAAAAAUCUGAGUUUUUUAAGACGACCAUGGCCAACGAAAAUGCCAUCCUUGGAACUGAAAUAUCCUCAUCAGAUGGGAUAGAGACAGAGUCUGAGUUUUUUAAGACGACCAUGGCCAACGAAAAUGCCAUCCUUGGAACUGAAAUAUCCUCAUCAGAUGGGAUAGAGACAGAGUCUGAGUUUUUUAAGACGACCAUGGCCAACGAAAAUGCCAUCCUUGGAACUGAAAUAUCCUCAUCAGAUGGGAUAGAGACAGAGAAGUUAAAAGACAUCAAUAUAAAGAAUGCUUCACUUGAGGUGAAACGUUCAGAAAGUCCUGUAGUCACAGAAGAAACUACCUUCCUAAAUGAAUGCGACCAAGGAAGCGACCAGGGCUGUUCAAAGGGCUGCCGUCGGCUUAAGAAUGCAUGUCCCCCCAAAGGCAUCUUGGCCAACAUAAUAACCAAAGUUACCAUGGCAGCGCUUCUGUUUGGAGUAGUGUGGUCAAUCACAGCCAAAGAGUGUGAGCCCGGAGGGAACCUUUUUUCAAUUUUGUUGCUGUUGCUGUGUGCUGUAGUAGGAGGAAAACUUGUUGGGCUCAUUAAAUUUCCAACUUUACCUCCAUUACCUUCACUUUUAGGAAUGUUGCUAUCUGGAUUUAUUCUUCGCAAUGUCCCUUAUGUCUCUGAGGUAUUCGUAAUUCAACAUAAGUGGUCUGGCUCUCUACGGAAUAUAGCACUGGCAAUUAUUUUGGUCAGAGCCGGACUAGGACUCGAUGCAAAGGCCCUUCAAAAACUUAAGUUAGUUUGCCUGCGACUUGCGUGUGGCCCAUGUACAAUAGAAGCUUGUUCUGUUGCUGUUAUUAGUCACUUCCUGAUGGGAUUGCCAUGGAUUUGGGGCUUCAUCUUGGGAUUUGUUUUAGGGGCAGUGUCUCCUGCUGUUGUAGUCCCCUCCAUGCUGCUUCUGCAGAAAGUGGGCUAUGGUGUUGAGCAAGGAAUACCCACACUCUUAAUGGCUGCUGGCAGCUUUGAUGACAUCCUGGCCAUCACUGGUUUCAACAUAUUUCUGGGGAUGGCUUUCUCAACUGGUUCCACUUUGUACAGUAUCUUCCGAGGGGUUAUAGAAGUAGUUGGUGGGAUGGUUGCUGGAGUGGCUUUGGGAUUUUUCAUUCGUUAUUUUCCAAGCAAGGACCAGGAAAGCCUGGUUAUGAAGCGUGCAUACCUGCUGCUGGGACUAUCAGUGUUUGCGGUGUUUGGCAGUGCCGCUGCUGGCUUCUCAGGAUCUGGAGGGCUGUGUACUCUUGUGUUGGCUUUUCUGGCUGGAAUUGGAUGGGGAAGUUCAAAGGGUGCUGUGGAAGAUAUUGUUGGAGUUGCUUGGGACAUCUUCCAGCCACUCCUGUUUGGUCUGAUUGGAGCAGAAAUAUCUGUUACUUCACUGAAUCCAAGUACAGUGGGGCUUGGUGUCGCGACUCUCUCCAUUGCCCUUGUUAUAAGAAUUGUCUUCACUUUCAUCAUGGUAUUGUUUGCUGGGUUUAACUUCAAAGAAAAACUGUUUGUUUCCCUGGCCUGGGUUCCAAAAGCAACUGUUCAGGCUGCCAUAGGCUCGGUUGCUCUGGAUACAGCAAGAGAAAAACAGAACGUUCUGCUGGAAAAAUAUGGCAUGGAUGUCCUCACUGUAGCGUUUUUGGCCAUUCUUAUCACAGCUCCAAUGGGUGCCUUGAUCAUUGGCCUGGCUGGACCAAGGCUGCUGCGGAAGCCUAUCUCUGAUCAACUAGAAAAUGAAGGAAUGGGCUUACCAAAAGGGGAAGAGCCAGCUGACAACCAUAAACGACAGUCCUUUGGAGAUGAGAGUACAAUCUGAGUCUGAAAGUUUGUAUUCGAAGGUAAAGUAAGAAACAGCAUUCACUGUGUAUAGAAUGAGACG